CCCAACCCAGCCCAGCCUUAUUCACCGACCUCGUGUGAUACGAGCCGUCAGGUGUCUUAGUAAACAAACAAUCUUUUGUCUCACAAUAUCGCCGUUUCUGAAUUGCAAUCAUGGCGACUACGUUUCCGAAUAUCUACACGCUCCGCAAGGUUGCCGAGACAGCGGCCAAAGCAUGCGAUAUCUGCUACAAGUCGAGCACCUCAGUGCUAAUCACACCUGAUCAAAAGGAUUUCUUCUUUGUUUGCCCGGUUCACCUCAAGGAUCGGUACUUUUGCACGCCAAAGAUUGAUGAGGAGGCUGCGAAGAGGAAGAGGGAGAAGGAGUUAGAGGAGGAGAAGGAGAGGGUUAAGAAAGAGUACGAGGAGAAGCAGAAGAAGAAGAAAGAAAAGGAAGAGAAGAAGGAGAAGGAAAAGAAUGGAGAUAAGGAGAAAGACAAGGAGGAUAAAGAUGAGAAGAAGGAUGAAGACAAGGUGAGUUUUUAUAUCAUUUUGUCUUGACAUGACUGACUUUUGCAGGACAAGGAAGACAAAUCCCCCCCUCCUGAGGAAGAGCCUCGUGUGUUUGAGCUGAAAACUGCCUUUUACCAGCAAAGAUUGUUGAAGAAGCGGCAAGCCGAGGCUGCAAAAGCUGAUCGGGAACGAGCAUCAAAGCCUGGCUAUUUUCCUUCUGUGCCCUCUGAUGCGCCCAGUCGAUAGCAGGAGACGGCGAUGCUGGUGUUGGAGUUUGAAAGGAGGCUUUUGUGCGGCGGCUAUCGUUGACUGUCGUGUUAGGACGGCGAGCUAGGCUAAACUUAAUAUGUUCAAAUUUCGAAAGCUCACAAGGCAAGGUGUUGAGGAUUUUGAGCAUACGGCAACUGUCAUAAAGGGUUUGCGAACCUUGGGAGUACUGGACAAGCCAGCCCGUUCAAGUCAAGGUAAGGAAAGGAAAGGUACCUAUCAAGCGGAAACACACUUCACCCUACCUAGUACUUAGGUGACCUACCCGUCAAUUUAGCUACCUUCCUUGCGUUCACAAGGUGUUCACGAAAGUGUCUAGGUUCACAGCGUCAGGGUUCCGCUAUCAACUCACUCUUUUCUCCAAUUUCCUCUCCGUCGUCUCGGAAACUCAUAUAGGAAUAUCCCUGUUUUCGAGGAACAUCUUGACAUUUUUGGUGAUCGGUUCAUCAUGAGCUUUCAGUUCUUUUGCAGCCUGAAUCUUUACACACAUUGCUCUUCACGUGUGGUUCAGCCGUCAUCGGACCUUCUACCUUUGCAUUGACGGGAACUUCAGGGGCAAGAACAAGUAUAUGUCCUGCUCUUACCAUGCCAUGCCAUGCCUUUCCCUUCUCUUCUCAUGAUCAUUCAUGUUCAAACUUGACAUCAACAUAACAUCUAGGCUUUUCUCCGUCUUUAUUCCAGAUUCACCCAGCACUUUAUCCCUUGCGGCGAACACCAUACUUUGAGCCCAGCUAGCUAUUGUGUGGUUCCCAUCGAUACAAUGUCCAAGAUCUUUGGUGAUACUCAAUGCGAUGCCUGUCAUGCAUUGAUAGCUGAUGCAGGAGAGUCAGC